AUGGCCACCAUAACCACUCAAACCACGUCUUCCCCGGCCCAAAAUGCCAGCAUCAAGCUCAACAUCACCGCCCCACUCCCAUCCCCUCCACAGCCAACCAAGAAGACCAACAUCCUCUCCUCCCUUCCCCCCUCCCUGGUCCCCUACGCCGAGCUGAUGCGCCUCCACCAACCAGCCGGUAUCUACGCCGCCUACGUCCCGAACCUCAUCGGCGUCUUCCUCGCCGCCGCCUCUCCAAUCCUCACACCUUCCCACCGACCAACCCCCACCCACCUCCUCUCCCUAACCAUCCUACAUGCCCUCAGCAACACCCUCCUCCGCGGCUCCGCCUGCGCCUACAAUGACGCCCUCGACGCCCCCUACGACCGCCAAGUCGCCCGAUGCAAGAACCGACCCGUAGCACGCGGGGCCGUUUCCGCCCUGCAAGCACAUACCUUCGCCUUCUUCUUGGGCCUCUGCUGGAUCUUAACCUUAUCCAUUCUCCCCUCCACCAGCUACAUACCCGCGGCCCUUCUCGCCGCGUCAAUGGCCUUCUACCCUUUCUGCAAACGCAUCACACAUUUCCCCCAGUUUGUCCUGGGCCUAUCCCUAGCUCUUAGUCAGGGGAUCGGGUAUGGGUCUCUUGGAGUGGAUGUUCGAGUCCUCCACUCAAGCACCCAGAUCGCUCUGGCGUGUUUGUACGUGUCGUAUGUAGUGCAUACAAUGAUCUACGAUACAGUGUAUGCGCACCAGGAUCUACAGGAUGAUCUGAAGGCAGGGGUUCUCAGUAUGGCGGUGUUAUGUCAGGGGAGGACGAAGAUGGUGCUGACCGGCUUGGCGGCAGUGGAGGUUGGGUUGCUUGGAGUAACGGGCUGGAUGAUGGGGUUUGGGGGCAUGUAUUGGGGCGGUGCGGUGGGGGGUUCGGCGGUUGUGUUGGGGAGGAUGAUUUCGGUGGUUAAGUUAGAGGAGCCAAAGGAUUGCCGGCGGUGGUUUGAGAGGUUAUUGUGGUGGACUGGGGCUUGCGUUAUUGGGGGUUUGGUGGGGGAGUUUUGGCUGAGGGGUUAG